AGACUUGAAAGAAAGCAGUUCACGUGAUGACUGAAGUACAUCAUGUUUAAGCCAAAUUGUUAUACAGAAGAAGUUAAAAAGAAAUCGUCCUUAUCCACCAAGACAGGGAGGGUGUGGUGUGUUUGUCUGAGUCCCAAAGCAGAAAGAAGUUCCUGAGUGUUCCUGAGUGUCAAUCAUACAUUACUGUUCCUGGUGUGACCUCUGGUGUGUGUCCUCUCACAGGGAGAAGAUGGUCUUCAUCCUCCGGCUGCUCCUCUUCCUCAUCCUGCUGCUCCUCUUUCUCACCUGCUGUGUCUCUGGAACAUUUGUAGUGAAUGUGACUCAGACUUCCUAUCAGGCAGAGGAGAACCAGAACAUCACCCUGGAGUGGACCUUCAGCACCAGAAGAGACACUUCCCUCAGAUCCAUUUCUACCUACUGUUACCUGUUUACUGAAGGCAGGUACUCAGUCCUGUUUCAUCUCCAUCAAGGUGUUGAAUCCCCAGAGUCUCAGGAUCCACAGUUUGCAGGACGAGUCCAGUGGGACAAAGACGUCCUCACAGAAGGACGCCUCACACUUCAUGUCUCCAGACUCAGGACCAAUGACUCUGGGUUUUAUCGGUGUGACAUACUCGUCAGACCUGAUGGGAGUAACUCUAGGAGAUGCUGGCUCAACGUCACUGCUGCUGAAGAGCUCCAACCUCAGAGACCACCAGAGAGUCCACAACCAGAGAGUCUGAGAAGACUCGGGCUUAUCGUUGGAGUGUCAGCAGCUGUUCUGGUUCUCUUUGUCAGCAUGGCCUGCAUUGUUUUAAUAAGAUAUAAGAGAAGAACCCACAAUGCAGCCAUGCAUACGGGGAGUUUAUCAGAGAAACAAACCAUCCGGACUUACAUAUCUCUGUCUGAAUCUGAGCAUAAAGUGAGACUCUCCAACAUCUGAUUUAAGAGUCAGAAAAGAGCAGUGUAACCUCUGUAAAGUGUAUUUGUUAUUUAUUUAUUUCAGCCUUCACUGAGAGUUUUAUCAUUCAGCUGUAAGGUCAUCAAACCCUUUGUUUACUGAUGGAUAUUGUUACCAUGCUGCACUUAAUGUGCUUUUAUAAAUGUUACACAUUAUAAAUAAAUCACUUUUUAUUUACUUUUUUAGUUAUUCUGCACAAUCUGCACUGCAUGUCCUACAGGAGGAAAUAUUUGGAAAUGUUAAAUUGGAUCGACUUGUAAAUGUUGAAAAUGUUUUAUUCCUUUCUGUUAUAAUAAAAGUGUUUAU